GGCACCAAUGCCUCUGCUUUGGAGAAAGAGAUUGGUCCUGAACAGUUCCCUGUGAAUGAGCAUUAUUUUGGCUUGGUCAAUUUCGGCAAUACCUGCUACUGCAACUCAGUCUUACAGGCACUUUAUUUUUGUCGUCCAUUUCGGGAAAAAGUUUUGGCAUACAAAGUGCAGCCUCGAAAGAAGGAAAGCCUCCUGACAUGCCUCUCUGAUCUCUUCAACAGUAUUGCUACACAAAAGAAGAAGGUGGGAGUCAUCCCACCCAAGAAAUUUAUUUCCCGAUUGAGGAAGGAAAAUGAAUUAUUUGAUAAUUACAUGCAGCAGGAUGCACACGAAUUCCUAAACUACCUACUUAACACUAUUGCUGACUUAUUACAAGAAGAGAAGAAGCAGGAGAAGCAGAAUGGCAAACUGCAGAAUGGCAGCAUUGAGAGUGAAGAAGGAGACAAGACUGAUCUGACGUGGGUCCACGAAAUCUUCCAAGGAACACUAACCAAUGAAACCAGAUGUCUUAACUGUGAGGCUGUUAGUAGCAAAGAUGAGGACUUUCUGGAUCUGUCGGUUGAUGUGGAACAAAAUACAUCAAUUACACACUGCCUAAGAGGGUUUAGUAAUACUGAAACUCUAUGCAGUGAAUAUAAAUAUUAUUGUGAGCAGUGCCGCAGUAAACAAGAAGCACAGAAGAGGAUGAGAGUGAAAAAGUUGCCCAUGAUUCUAGCUCUGCACUUAAAAAGGUUCAAGUAUAUGGACCAGCUGCAUCGAUACACCAAACUCUCCUACAGGGUAGUCUUUCCCCUGGAGCUCCGGCUCUUCAACACUUCAGGAGAUGCUACAAACCCUGACAGAAUGUAUGACCUUGUGGCUGUCGUCGUUCACUGUGGCAGUGGUCCAAACCGUGGCCAUUACAUCACCAUUGUGAAGAGCCAUGGCUUCUGGUUGCUGUUUGAUGAUGACAUUGUGGAGAAAAUUGAUGCCCAGGCCAUUGAAGAAUUCUAUGGGUUAACAUCAGACAUUUCCAAAAACUCAGAAUCUGGAUAUAUCCUCUUCUACCAGUCCAGAGACUAAGACAAAAAGAUACACGUAUACAAAUUUAAAAUAAAGGGAUCAAGAAAUGUCCAAAUGGAACAUAUUGUUGAGAGCAGAAGCAGCUCCUCGUGGUUGCUGUAGGACCAGGCCAGCCCCAGCAGGGCUGGUGAAGCUUCUCUCUGCCACUUCAUGGAGGAUUAGUGCUGACUGCCCUAAGGAGAGGAGCUUUCCUUCCAGUUUUCUUUCUGGGCUUUUGGGUUUUUUUUUAACGUGCUAUCUUCCAAAAUCUGCAUUACCUCUACUUGAAACCUGGCUGCUUAUUUUAUUCAUGGACUGAAGAAGAGAUUUAAAAGUAGCAUUGUAGAAUUUUUUACCACACAACGUUGGCCUGAGGCUGUACCUUGGUUUCUACCAUCGUCGUUUUUCUGUAUUUUAGCAGAAUGAUUUCAAUAUUCAGUGUCAGCUGAAGGCAUAUUUUAGGAUAUGAACAGCAGCUGGUUGCUGGAUAUUUUUGGUGACUCAGACUUGAGAAGCAGUACAAAGCUAAGACAUAUUGGAAAUGUCAAGUCU